GAAAUACAUAAGACGAAAAAUUCCACGCUUCUGGAGCCUGGUCCGCUUUGCAAUAUGUGAGGGCCGAUUCGUCGGUGAGCCCGGGAUGGAGCAGUACAAGGUGUUGGGCCACAUUGGCGAGGGGGCCCACGGGGUGGUGCAGCGGGCAUUGCACAGGCCCACGGGCCGCGACGUGGCCUUGAAGAAGCUGUACGUGCGCCGACCCGACGAGCAGGUGCCGAUCCAGAUUCUCAGGGAGAUCAAACUGCUGCAGAAGGUGCAGUGCAAACACGUGAUUAAAUUACUCGAAGUGCUGCCGCAGGGCAUCUGCUUUGUGCUUGUUUUCGAGUACAUGCCCACCGGACUGGCGGAAAUGAUCAAAGACGCGCGCGCUCCUUUGACAGAGGCCCAAAUCAAGAGAUACUUGGAAAUGCUGCUACAAGGAGUCGAAUAUCUGCACGCGCAGUAUAUCAUGCACAGAGACCUGAAACCGGCGAACCUGCUCGUCAGCUACAAAGGCGUUUUGAAAAUCGCCGAUCUCGGCCAGGCGCGUAUGUUUGACGAAAGGGCCACCGAGGAGAGGCCGUACUCGCACCAAGUUGCGUCCAGGUGGUACAGGGCGCCCGAACUGCUCUACGGCGCUAAAGUGUACACCGAGGCUGUUGACUUGUGGGCCGUGGGCUGUGUUUUUGGAGAAAUGAUCACCAAAGCGCCGAUCUUCCGGGGUGAGAGUGACAUCGAACAGCUGUGUGUUGUGCAGAAACUGAUGGGAACUCCAAGCACCAAAGAUUGGUCUCAAUUAGAAUCGCUUCCAGACUACAAUAAAAUAACAUUCCUGCCUAUGAAAGCUGUGCCGUUCGAACAGGUGAUCCCGCGAUGUAGUUCUUCCGCUUUGGAUUUGGCAAAGAGAUUCCUGGUGUAUAAUCCUGAUGCAAGAAUUUCAGCGAAAGCAGCGCUUGAACACAAGUAUUUCUUUAGCAUGCCUCUUCCGUGUCCCAUGCCGGAGAUGCCCAAGCCUUUCGAUGGGCACCGAGAAAAAAUCAAUUCUAAAGAAUGCGACACUGGUGACUCAAGUGGGCUGCUUUUUCAAAAGUUUAAUAAAAUCCAAAUUAAUUGA